GGAAGUAUAAUAAAGCAGAUUUUAAAAACAGAUUAUCAAUAACGAUUAGAAGUUUGAAAUUAAUCUAAAAUUUUUAACUGUCAAUUGGGGCUUUGUGCACUUUGCAAUUGGUAUUCUUUUACAUUGAAAACAUAACCAUGGCUGCUGUUGUAAGUUUAGAAAAGACGAAAAAUAAAGAUUAUGAAGAAAAUAACAUCGAAGAUAAAGAAUGUAUAGAAAAUAACACGGUUGAUGAUGGUAAAAAAAAGAAGAAGAAGAAGAAAAAGAAGAAGACAGCUGAUGAAAAUAUUGGCGAUAAAAACACCGAAAAAGAGAAUAUAGAAGAAGACGAAGCUGAAGGAGAAGAGAAAACAGAAAAAGUUAAUGGUGAAGAUGGUGACAAAAAGAAAAAGAAGAAACGUAAUCGUAAUAAGGGCGGUAAUAAAGGUGGCGGAAAAACACAAACGGAUCCUCCAACUCUUCCCAUUACUGAAUUAUUCCCCGAUGGUGUUUAUCCUGAAGGAGAAAUUCAACAAUAUGAUGAUAGGACAGCAAAAAAUCGUUUUACAAGUGAAGAAAAACGGGCUCUAGAUCGAAUGCAUAACGAUAUUUAUAAUGAAGUUCGUUUAGCAGCUGAAGCUCAUCGGCAGACAAGAAAACAUAUACAAAAAUGGGUACGUCCAGGCAUGACCAUGAUUGAAAUUUGUGAAGAGCUAGAAAAUACUGCACGUAAACUAAUAAAUGAAAAUGGUUUACAAGCUGGUUUAGCAUUUCCUACUGGAUGUUCACGUAAUCAUGUUGCCGCCCAUUAUACGCCAAAUACUGGUGAUAAAACAGUUCUGGAGUAUGAUGAUGUUACCAAAAUUGAUUUUGGUACUCAUAUUAAUGGACGGAUUAUUGAUUGUGCAUUUACGUUAACUUUUAAUCCAAAAUAUGAUGCAUUAGUUCAAGCAGUUAGAGAUGCCACCAAUACCGGAAUUAAAGCUGCAGGUAUUGAUGUACCAUUAGGAGAAAUUGGAGCUGCCAUUCAAGAAGUUAUGGAAUCAUAUGAAUUGGAAUUGGAUGGAAAAACUUAUCCAAUUAAAUCAAUUAGAAAUUUGAAUGGACAUUCUAUUGCACCCUACCGUAUUCACGCUGGGAAAACUGUUCCUAUUGUAAAAGGUGGCGAAGCUACCGUUAUGGAAGAAAAUGAAUUUUACGCAAUUGAAACAUUUGGUUCCACUGGACGUGGUCAAGUCCAUGAUGAUAUGGACUGUUCACAUUAUAUGAAAAAUUUCGAAAUGUCUUAUGUUCCAUUACGUUUACAAUCUUCCAAAGGGCUACUCAAUAUUAUCAACAAAAACUUUGGUACGUUAGCAUUUUGUAAAAGAUGGUUAGAACGGGCUGGUGCCACCAAAUAUCAAAUGGCAUUAAAAGAUUUAUGCGACAAAGGUGCUGUGGAUGCAUAUCCACCACUUUGUGAUAUCAAAGGAUGUUAUACUGCUCAAUUUGAGCAUACUAUAAUGUUGCGACCUACAUGUAAAGAAGUUGUAUCUCGUGGAGAUGAUUAUUAAUUUGAACUCUUAUUUUUUCUACAGUUAUUUUUGUUUAUAUUGU